AACAGAACACAAGCCAGGCUUUAUCCUGCUCGACUGUCCCGCUCACUUAGACCUCACAGGAAACUCCCGGCUCCCUCGGCCCUCACACGCUCGCUCAUUAUCACUUACCACACUUUUACUCUCACACAGUCCCACCGGCUGCGCUGAAGCUGACCAGAGAGGAUGGCUGCGUCCAUGUGGAGAAUGAAUGGGCUCUGGAGGAGGAUGGCUGGAGUUCUGCUGCUCUGCGCUCUAUUGCUCAGCAAUGAGGUGAUGUGUCAAGACGAUCCACCGACAGAUGCACCUGCUGCAGCUGGAGAUGACAGCACUGUAACAGUUGCUGCGGACUCUGGUGCAGCUACAGGCCCCACCCCUGCCCCAGGUGCGGACCGUACUGCGAGUGCUGCUGCAGGUGGAGUCUCUGCUGCUUCUGCUCCUCCUGAACAUAUUACAAUCCCAGUAACCCUUUUAGACCUUCUAGUUCAUAAUAGCCAGGAUGCAGGCAGCUCAGUCACCACUGCUGCCCCCGUUGUCAUAGACGUCAAGGUCCCAGUUGUCACUCGCCUUGUUGUGCCUAAGGUGACGUGUGUUGGGGAGUCGGAAAUUCCAGAAGGUUCUUCUGUCAAGGCUGAGUUGGCAACAACUGAUUGUGAAGCAACUAAACGCAUUCUUCAGGACAACCCUGCAGCUUGGUGCUCCAAGGAUGAAUGUAAACUAAAAAUCUUCCAAAAGGACAACGAGGUGCAGGUGGCCAGUGAUGACGCUAACCUGGCUACUUUGGCUGGAGCACUCGGCAGUGAACGUGUGAAAGAAAAGCUGGGAGCGACAAAGAUUCAGGGCCCGAAAUCAGAAUCAUCAUCAUCAGUAUUUGUUGGAAUACUGGUCACCGGUCUGCUCGCCGCUCUUGCCAUCGCCAUUGGUUACUUCAAAUGCCAACGCAGGCCUGACGCCAAGGGAGUGAGGCUGGCUGAGGAGACCUAUCCAGCAGAUCAGGAGAACCAGGGAAACACUCUUGUGUCCGUGGCCCCCCUCAACCCCCCUCCGGAAACCCCGGAGAAGCCCAGCGCAAAUGGAGAGUCCCCUGAGGCAGACAAGACCCAGCCUCCUCCUCCCACCAACGGCACCUCCACCACCAAGACGGCAGACACCGAGCUGUGAAAUAGUCUACAAAUAAUUGCAGCCCAGAAACUACCCCCGCAAACACACCCAUCCACACACACAUAAACACACACACAUACACACAUGCCUAUGCAAACUCCCCCUUUCUGAAUCCACUCCUGUCCAACCAGAGAGUCCACAGCAAAGUGGACAUCAGGGACUAGAACAAUUUCCUACAUCAGCACUCCUCUUGUUAAAGUCCCCUUGCCUCCCUCUUUGGCUUCGUGCCUCAACAAACAUCAGGAAAACUAGUCUGACGAUGACGAUGGUGGCGGUGAUGAAUGAUGCUGAUGACGACGAAGGCUCAGUCCCUGGGUUGUUGAUGGCAGUCAGGCUGGAGAUGGGAGAAGGGCAGUUCUGGGUGGGAAGAGAGUGUAUUUCAGCAUUAGUCAGCACUGGUUCCCAUGAUGACUGCAGCCUCUGGAGUCACAGCCCCGUGCUGGCAACACACAGCAGGGUCUCUGCAUGUCAUCAGGUUCAAAGCUCCCACCAACCCUCCGCUAGUAAACACGACACAACAAAAUCGUUCAUUAGUUUAUUGUAAAGCCACGACAGACGGAGAGGAAAUAAAUCACACUGCCUUGAAAUCUGUUUACAAACUCAGAGAGAAAAUCCAUUGGGCUCUGAUCUUGUUUGUCUGAUUGAGUUACUGAUUGCUGCGCAAAUGUGUGUGCUGCUUUCCCGCAUGUGUGUGUUAACGUAUACUUGUAUCUGUACUGUGCAUGGACUGUGUGUAUGUCCAUACAUGCAUCUAAGCUUCCCUUGCUUACUGUAUGUAUACGUGGUUGAGGACAAGUAUUAGGCGUUUGAUCGAGUAUGUGAGUGAAUGGUGCGUCUGAACGUGCAUGUGACAUUAGCCGUGAACAGUGUACAAUUUUUGUAAAAAAAACAACAAAAAAAACGAGUUGACAAAAGUGAUGGGUCACCAAGACCCCCAUGGUGAGGAGGAGGACGGAGUAUUGAAGUUCUAAUCAUGCCAUUUUCUUGAAGAGGUGUAGCCACGGGGAGUUCUCCAAUCUAUCGCUGCGAACUGUAGUGAAGUUAGUCUCAGUGUCAACAGGCCUCUUUACUAGGGCUGCCCCCUGACAGUCGACCAAACGUUAGCCGACCAGAAAGGUCAUUAGUCGGCAAGAUUUCAUUGGUUGCUUAGUCGCAGAAAAAACAAACAAACGUAAAACUGCUGCUCCUUCUGCGCCUUGUCAAAAUAAAUCAAAACCAUAAUUUGUCAUAUGUUUUAUCACUAAUGCAAUACAAGUUGGAUUUAGCGCCGUGAUGCCGGCACAGGUCACUGAUUGGGCUACAUUUUAAUUUGCUACAACGUGUCAUAGUGACAAAUGCCGGAUCAGCUAGUUUGCAUUAGAUCUAGGGCUGCCCCCUCCAACAGCCGACCAAAAGUUAGUUGACCAGAAAGGUCAUUAGUUGACAAGAUUUCAUUGGUCGCUUAUUCCAAAGUGUGGGAUCAUUUUGAGAAGGUGAAGGACGAACCCAAGGUGAUAUGUAAACUCAUCUUCAUUGGUCGACUACAAACAUGACGUAUCAUCUGAAACAUUGAAGUAGCUACAUGCCCAUCAGCCCACAGCGUCAUUAACAGGCGGCUCGCUCAGUGUGUGACGUGCACUUGUAGAUAAAAUAUAGGCCUAUAUUAAUGAAGGUUCAUUAGUACGGUUUUGUGUUUCUCUGUAAUGUAGCACAGUGUUAACAAUGUUACUGAUACUAUUCUUUCUCACACCUUCAACUCAAACCAUUGUGUUGCCCCGCCCCAAAAUAUAUCAGUUAAUAAUUAAAUUAAUAUCUUAAACAUGCAAGCGGGUAGUCGACGAAUGGCCCUAAAUGAUGACUAUUGGUCGACAAGGAAAUUCCUCAGUCGGGGGCAGCCCUACUCUUUACAGUGGCUUCAUAGUCGCUGCUGAAAAUGACAAGACUGACCGUCUAACCAACAGACUCAUUAAGGCUGCAGAGCCUCUUACUGUCACCUUCGCCCAUCCAUUUGUCAGUGUUACUCUCUUUUCAAUAUACUGUGUAUGCUCUUUUGUAUCAGUAUUAUAUUGUGCAGUGUGUAUAGUAUGGUGACUUUAUUGUCUUGUUUUUAUUUUGUGUACCAACAUUUGUUGUGUUCCUUGUAUGUGCCAAAGAAUUUAAUUUCAUAUCAUAUGUUGUACUAAAUAUUUACUUCUGUGGCACCUUUAUAAAAUUCUAUCCAGGUCACAUAACACAAAGAAAUAGGUUCAAGGGCUAUGACUGUUUUAUACCUGAGAUCAAACACAAAGCAAACUGCAAUGUUUUGUUGUCAAACUUGAACAAAGAAAGAUAUUCUGACGUAUA